AGCUGUGGUAAUGGUGAUGUCACUGCUGAGGAGUUUGCUGUUCUACUUCUCAUUCAAUGAAUUGACCACAGCAGCAGGAAUCCAAAGAUGACUUCAGCUACCAGCUUCCUGUUUGUUGCGAUCCAUUUAGCCUGUAUCAGAGCUGGAAAUUUCUCUGAGACAUUUGUCGAACUGGAGUGUAAAGAAGAAUACCAUGGGGUUUAUGGUCAGCAGUCAUUGCUAGAGUGUAUUGUCAAAGCUGUUCAGAACGUGACCAUCUUGACGGUGACCUGGAAGAGGGUGGGAGGUGAUGCAAUUUUGUUGGAAUACCAUAAACAUGAAAAUGCCUCAGCCCUUGGAUAUAAAUUUGCCAUGCCAUCCUGGAACAACAAGAAUAUGAAUGUGUCCUUGUUGUUGACUAAUACCAAGAUGGCCGACAAGGGGGUGUAUGAAUGCAUGGUGAGAACAGACAGUGGUGAUGCUACAGUUACAAUGAGCCUCAGUGUCACAGCUAUGUACAAAUCACCAACCAUGAGUUCCAGUCCUGAGAACUGCAUAAAACAGAACACAGAUGUGACCAUUUUCUGCAACACUACAGGUGGGCACCAGAAAGGGUUGAUCUGGUGGUUUGACGAGUUUGGCACGAACUGCACAGGCAGUGCUGAACUUGUGGCCAAAAAGACAGACGACACACUGUUUAGCCUCUCCAGUAAACUAACAGUUCUGAAGGCUACAUACAGUGGUUCCACAAACUACUCAUGCACAGUGCACAACACCAAUGGAGUCCAGGAGGGGAAGGCAUCAUUUGAGAUCCCGUUUGUAUGUUCAGCAGGUUCAAAAGAUGAUUUUGCUUCUGACUCCACUAUCCAUUGGCUUGCCCCAGUUGGGGUCAUAGGAUCUCUGAUCAUUGGACUCCUUGCUGCGCUGCUGAUAUUAAAGAGGCGCUCUGUCCAACGAGCUCGAAGGCAGUCCACCUUACCAUUAAUGAGGGACAGUGGCCACCCAACUGACAGGCACCACGAUGAUGAGGCGGAAGGAAAAGUUAUCCUUACUGUCUAAACAGUGACAGGACCAGCAUUCCAGUCUUUAGUAACUGAUUCGUUAACUGGCAGUCUCUGUAAGGGACUGUUUCCUUGACGAUCAAUAAGGGGCUUGUCACUAUCCUUUGGACUGUUUCCUGUUAAGUGUCCGAUGACAGUCACUUUGGCACUCAGGUCAUUCUAAUUGAGGCAUUUGUUUCUUCACAAUCUACUGAUGGCAGCCUUUAAAGUCUGUGGUUGAUUACAAAUGAUAUGUAACUGCCCUAUAUAUCAAUGUUUCUAUACA